AUGGCGCAAGGACCUGAGGCCGACCUGACAUUCUCGAAAUACGAAGAAGAGCGACAGAAGCGUAUCCGCGAUGAUGGCCUUGCCCAGUACGUCAAGUUGACCGAGGGCGACGAUCAUCUGCACCUGGCCGAUGACCCGUUCGGCGGAGAGUUUGGCGACCGACAAUGGUCCAUUCCGUUCGGCGUCUCCACUGGCAAAACCAAGGUCGUCAUCAUCGGUGCCGGCUAUGGUGGUCUCACUUACGCCGUCCGGCUCAUCCAAGGGGCCGGCUUCACUCCCGAAGACAUCGUCUUCUUGGACACGGCCUCCGGAUUCGGAGGCGCCUGGUACUGGAACCGGUAUCCUGGGUUGAUGUGCGACGUAGAGAGCGCCUGCUAUAUGCCUCUUCUGGAAGAGACGGGAUACAUCCCUAAAAACAAGUAUUCAUAUGGCUCGGAGCUGAGGGGCUACGCCGAGCUGCUCGCAUCGACCUUCAAGUUGACCGACAGAGGCCUGUGGAAGGUGACGGUGAAAUCCGCCUCCUGGGACGACGCCAAGGCCUCGUGGACCGUGGACAUGCUCAAGACGACCAAGGACGGCCAGAAGCAGUCCAUCACCCUCGAGACCGAGUACCUGGUCAUGACCGCCGGCCCUCUGACCAACCCGAAACUGCCUCGCAUCCCAGGCGCACAAGAGUUUGGGGGGACGACAUUCCACACGGCGCGGUGGGACUACAAUACGACCGGCGGAACUGCGGAAGACCCGACCUUGAGCAAGCUUCACGACAAGAGAGUAGCCUUCAUCGGCACGGGGGCGACCUGCAUCCAGGCUGCACCGCACCUGGGCAAAUGGGCCAAGGAGCUUUACAUCUACCAGCGCACUCCCUCGGCCGUCGCCGUGCGUGGCCAGCAGGACGUGGACCCCGAUCGCUUCCGUGCCGAGGUCAGCAGCAAGAAGGGCUGGCAGAAGCGGCGUCGUGAGAACAUGGCGAUGUUCGUCGAGGGCAACACGCCAGACGAGAACCUCGUCCAAGACGGCUGGACCACUUUCCCGUCCUACGCGGCUCUCGUCGGCGGCCCUGCUGCAGACGGGCUCACGGACGAGACUCUCCCCCAGUACAUCGACAAGUUCCACAAGCUCGAUUACCCCCGGCAGGAGGGAAUUCGCGCCCGCGUGAAGCAGACGGUCAAGAACACAGAGGUGGCCGCAUCGCUGACGCCGUGGUACCCGGGCUGGUGCAAGCGGCCGUGUUUCCACGACCAGUACCUCGACACCUUCAACCGAACCAACGUGACUCUGGUGGACACGCGUGGCCGAGGCGUGGAGGCCAUCACCAAGACGGGCGUCGUGUUCGACGGCAAGGAAUACCCCGCGGACAUCCUGAUAUACGGAACGGGUUUCGAGCCGUUGACUGCCGGAGGACCUUCUCUCCGCGCGGGCAUGGAAAUCUACGGCCGGAACGGCAUCGAGAUGGAGACGAAGUGGAGCAACGGGCUCGCCACGCUUUACGGACUCGUCACCCACGAUUUUCCCAAUCUCUUCCUGUCCGGUGUCUACCAGAUGGGUUCGACAGUCAACUACGCGCACAUGGUUGACGUGAUGGCGACUUCCAUGGCCAGGGUGAUCAGCCGGGCGCGGGAGAAGCACGCGUCCGGACAAGACGGAGGGUCGUACAGGAUGGUUAUUGAGCCGAGCCCGGCGGGCGAAGAGGCGUGGGCGCAAAGGGUGCUCUCAACCGCGCGCGGUUUCGGCGCCAUGGCGGGCUGCACCCCCAGCUACGGCAACGGCGAGGGCAGAAAGGCCAAGUCCAAGGAGGAGGAGCUGAAUGUGGCGCGCAGCGGAAACUGGGGCAAGGGUUGCCUUGACUAUGCCGCUAUAGUCGAGAAAUGGGCCUCGACGGAAGACUUGGAGGGGUUGGAGUUUCGUGUCGUUUCAGCUUAG